AUGAGCAGCUCGGCUAGCGUCAUGUCGGCGACAUCGACGAGCUUCUUCGUGCACAACGAGUUGGAUGAGAAGCCGUCGUCCAACUUCUCAUGGCCGCCGGGACAGGUGUUCCCGUUCGAACCGCUGCCACCGUAUCCGGCCGGGCCGAAUCUAUCGAAAGUGAGAUACCCGAAAGAAGUCACAUGCCCAAGAUAUGAAUGUCCGCAUUGUGAGGAACAGUUCCUGUUUCACUCAUUGAACGGACUUGUCACAUGCCCAUUUUGCUAUUCUUCGAUCGCAAUUGGGGAAUAUAACCACAAGCAAAUGAUCAUCCAUUUCCUAUUUGCCGCAAUUCUGUUCGCCUCAUCGGUGAGCUUGACCAUCGUGAUCCUCACCGUUGCCAAAGAGCAAGUCUACCUAUGCAUUCCGGCCGUGCUCAUCUUUUUCACCGCCAUCAUCUUCUUCACCAAAGCGUUGCAAUCGAAAAACAGCUACGAGGAGGCGAAAAUUCUGAUUGAGGACAUGGAGAAAUGA